UCUUCGCGUCUGUCAUAGCUUUUAUAUACGAAGCUUAUGAUUGUUUAUGUUUGAUUCGACUUGGUCGCGAUAAACAACAUACCUGCAGCAAAAACAAGUGCAGCUAAAAUGUGUAGAAUAUUUACUCAAUUCAUCCGGCUUAGUGCAUUCGGUAGGAGACAUUUUUCAGCACAGUCUGGUAGUCAGCAAAGGCCUCUAGUGUUGGGCAUCGAAACGAGUUGUGAUGAUACCGGAGCCGCUUUGGUUACCGGCAACGGAACAGUGCUGGGAGAAUACAUUCAUUCACAGCAAAGCAGUCACUUAAGGUUUGGUGGAAUUAUACCACCUGUAGCGCAAGAUAUCCACCGCGCAAACAUUGAAAACGUUGUGCAAAAAACGUUCCAACAAGCAAACUUAUCUCCGAACGAUAUUGAUGCAGUCGCAGUCACGAAUCGCCCAGGACUGCCACUUAGUUUGAUAGUGGGUAUGCGAUACGCAAAACAUGUCGCCCGUACAUACGACAAACCUUUGAUUCCGAUACACCACAUGCAAGCGCAUGCUUUGAUGGCGCGUAUGAACUCUCCCAUACCGUUUCCCUUCCUCUGCCUUCUUGUGAGCGGUGGACAUUCGUUGUUGGUGUUUAUUGAAAGUACGGCAAAGUUUCGAUUAUUGGGCGAAACGCUGGACGAUGCGCCCGGGGAAGCGCUGGACAAAAUUGCUCGCCGUUUGAAGUUACGAAACAUCGCCAAAUAUGCACAAAUGUCUGGUGGACAGGCUAUUGAAGUCGCCGCUCAAGCUGCCUCAAGUAACACUUCGGCCUACGAAUUUCCAUUACCACUGUCAAAGUAUCGCGAUUGCCAAUUCAGCUUUGCUGGAUUGAAAAACACAGCUACGAGACAUAUCCUGGAACGGGAAGCGACCCUGAAUCUUGCACCUGACGCGUUGCUACCGGACUACGAGGACUUUUGUGCGUGCUUCCUAAAAGGAGUCACACGCCACAUGCUUCACCGCACACAGCGAGCCAUAGAAUACUGCGAACGGCGCAAUUUAUUCGGCAAUGGCAGUACACAACGGAGCUUGGUCAUUUCUGGUGGAGUUGCUUGCAAUGAUGUCAUUUUCAGUGCCUUGAGCCGUAUGGCAGAACAGUUCGGGUACAGUACGUACAGACCGCCAAAGAAACUUUGCACCGACAAUGGUACAAUGAUAGCGUGGAAUGGUGUUGAAAAACUUCUCGCCUCGGAUACUGGUGAAAUGAGCAAGAACUAUGAAACGGUCGAUAUUAGUGGCAAAUGUCCGAUAGGCGAAAGCUUGAUAGACGAUGUGAAGGAAGCGAAUUUGGCGUGCAAGUGGGUUAAAGUCGAUAUAUUACCCACAAAGGAAGAACCGACGCGUAGCUAACGAAAAUGCCAAAAAAGAUUGCUUAAGAUAAAGUUGUACGAAUAGAAUGGAAAAUAGAACAAAAAUCCACAGUAAAGAGCUCAUUUAAUGCACA